ACUACUUUACAGGCUAUGGUUCCAAAAAACUACCGGUUUUUAAUUUUUCUCACAUAACUACCAAACGAGGGGUCGGCUGUUUCAAAAAACCCAAAUCGUCUAGUGCUUAUCUAUUGACCGUGAUUAUGACAGGUCGGACCCACACCUAAACGAAACGUUAGUUUGAUUGUUUGUUUGACCUUUAGCUGACACGUGGGGCCCAUAUGUCAGUGUCUCUUCUCAUCUAGUCAUCUUCUCCUCUCUGCCUUCCUUCUUCUCCUCCACUCUUCCUGCCCGCGAAGGAACUGCCAUGGCCGCCGGCCACACUGCCCACGCCGCCGUCCUAUGCCAGGUCCGGCCACCGCCCUAUGCCACGUCGCUCCCCCCCUCCGCGGUUGCUGCUAGUAGGAGCUCGCCGGAGCCCCUGGCCGGCUCCUCCCGCGUCCUCUGCCUCGCCGCCGGAGCCGGCAACGCCGUCGACGCGCUCCAUGCAGCGGGGGUAAGCGAAGUGACCAGGAUCGACCUCGUGGACUUCCCGCCGCUCGUCCGUCGCGCAGACCCCCAUCGCCUCCCAUUCUCUGACGGCGCCUUCGAUCUCAUCUUUUCCGACGACCCGGCGGGGAUCUCCGGCGCGCUCUUCCCGGCUCGCGUCGCCGCGGAGGCCGAGCGCGCUGUCCGCCGCGGAGGCGCCAUCGCCCUCGCCGUGGAGCUCGCCGGCCCGCCAUAGGGCCACCAGGGCUCGCUGCCCUCCAUGGGGAGCCGGCGUCCUCGCCAAGCGCAGAGGCGGCCACUGGCCCGAUGGGGUUGUCCAGCACUGGUCGACGGCGGGUGUAGAGAAGCAGCAAGGCUGAGGAGCGGCCGGGGUUGAUCUCCGGUGAUCGCCGGUGGCGGGCGGCGGGCGGCUCGCCGGCUAGAGGAGGCGACAUCGCGAGCUCCGGGCAGACCUGCGUCAAUGGCUGCCGUGAUGUGUGGCAGGGACCCGAUUGCUUUUUUACAAACUUACAGGGACCUGAUUGCUUUUUUAAAUUUGUGUGCAGCCCCACCCCUAACGGUCAAACAAUCAGAGCUCUUACACGUGGGGCCUGACUGUCAUAAC